AAGACCCGGUCAAGCAGAGAGUAGCCAAAUAUGGAACCAUAAACCUAAGCCUGAUUGGCUUUUUUUUAUUAUCGUGGAUUAAAAUAUGACAAGGUCUUGGUGCAGUUGAGAACAAAAUAAUAGAAUUAACCGCUUUCGAUGUCUUCCAAGUUCCAACCCACCCCACCCCGCAUAAAAGGAAUGACAAAAUACCUCCAUUCACACAAAUCCAAGAUUAAGGCAUCAACGAAAAGGGUUAUGCAAAUAGCUACAUGAAUAUUAUUAAAAUCCGAUUAAAACCAGCAAUUUGUUUGAUUGGAACUAGUUAAUAUGUAAGAACUUGUACAUUUAUUUAAACUAUGUUACUUCCUUAUGCAUAAAAAAAAAAGAAAGAAAAGAGAAAACCACUCGGUAUACAUAGGAGAGUUGCGGAUUAUGUAGAUAAGAAUUUUAAAAAAAAAAACUAUGUUACUUGAAGAAGAAAGUAAAAUAUUAGUUUCGGGUAUGAUAAUUGGCAAGUGGGGAUGAUGGGGCAUGAAUAAGCCGGCUUCUGUUGAUUUUGUAACAUUCUCUGUCUUAGCUUUUAAGAAUUACACCUGCCGGCUUAAAUUUGCAUUGUUUAGUUCUCUGCUGUAAAAGAAUUGUUUCUUCUUGCAAAAGAACAUCAAGUAUAUGACAAGAUCAUGGCGUAUAUUAGACUAAAAAACGCGACACCUUUGUCCCUGUUCUUUUUCUAUUUCAUAUUAGAAAAAAGUUUGAAUGCAUAGUUAAUGUCUCCCAUAUUUACCUACAAAGUUUGGCUUAAUGUAUUGGAUUUAGGAAUUUGAUUUUCUUCCAACUAUGGCUGCUGCUCCUUCUGGAGAGAGGUCGCUUCAGGAAACACCCACAUGGGCUUUAGCCUUAGUUUGUGCAGUUUUUGUGGUCAUAUCGGUUCUAAUAGAGCAUGUAAUUCAUUCAUUAGGGAAGCUGUUUCAAAAACGACGUAAUAAGGCAAUGAGCGAAGCUUUGGAGAAGAUCAAAGCUGAGCUAAUGCUGUUAGGCUUCAUAUCUCUACUGCUCACUGUGGGUACAAAAUAUAUUGCAAAAAUAUGUAUCCCUGCCAAAUAUGGAGACGACAUGCUCCCCUGCAAGUCUGGCUACGAAGAGAGCUACAGUGACAAAGGUGGCGGUAGCAGUGGAGCCGAUGGUGGUGAUAACGGCAAUGGAGAUGGAGACGAUCGACGGAGAAAGUUGCUUUCAUUUGCUGGAGAUGUAAUAUGGCGCAGAGGUUUGGCAGCUGCUGCUGGUGGUGACGAUUAUUGCGCCAAAAAGGGGAAAAUACCAUUGAUCUCGCAAACAGGAGUGCACCAAUUGCAUAUAUUUAUAUUUGUUCUCGCUGUUUUUCAUGUUCUUUACAGCGUCCUUACUAUAGCAUUGGCACAGGCAAAAAUGAAGAAAUGGAAGACUUGGGAAUCAGAAACCUCAUCCUUGGAGUACCAGUUCACUAAUGAUCCUUCAAGAUUCAGAUUGGCCCAUCAGACUUCUUUUGUGAAGCGUCACUCUGGCAUUUCUACAGCACCUGGAAUCAGAUGGAUUGUUGCGUUCUUUAGACAGUUCUUUGGUUCUGUGACGAAGGUGGAUUAUUUAACUAUGCGUAAUGGGUUUAUUAAUGCUCAUUUUGCUCCAAAUAGUAAAUUCGACUUCCACAAAUACAUUAAAAGAUGCAUGGAAGAUGACUUCAAGGUGGUUGUGGGUAUCAGCAUCCCACUAUGGGUUUUCGCCAUCGCCUUUCUGCUGCUAAAUGUCUACAAAUGGUACACGCUGACCUGGUUGACAAUUGUGCCACUGAUUAUACUGCUUAUGGUGGGCACUAAACUAGAAUUAGUUAUAAUAGAAAUGGCUGAACAAAUCCAAGAAAGAAGUACAGUGGUCAGAGGAGCUCCUGUAGUUGAACCUAACAAUAAGUAUUUCUGGUUUAAUCGGCCCCAAUGGAUUCUCUUAUUAAUCCAUUAUACGUUGUUCCAGAACGCAUUUCAAAUGGCAUUUUUCUUGUGGACAUGGUAUGAAUUUGGAUUGAAAUCUUGCUUCCACGAAAACCUGGCAGCCAUUCUGGCGAGGGUAUUUCUUGGAGUGGCCCUUCAAUUCGUAUGUAGCUAUAUAACCUUCCCUCUCUAUUGCUUAGUCACACAAAUGGGGUCGCACAUGAAGAAAGCAAUUUUUGAAGAACAAACAACAAAAGCACUUAGAAAAUGGCAGAAAGCAGCGAAAGAGAGAAAAAAAUCAAGAAAAGCAGGUGGAGGAGGUGGCAGUUCUCCAGGGUUUAUGAGUGUUGAAAGUACUACACCAAGCCAAGGUGCGUCACCUAUACAUUUGCUUCAUGGCCACAAGUACCGUUCUAGUCAAACAGACAUUGAAAGUGUCCUUAAUUCUCCGAGAUCUUACCUGUCUGAUACUGACUUAUCGGAGCUUUCUGAGACUGAAGGAUCAAGUCGACAUAGAUAUGAAUCGAGAUUGCAAGAUGUUCCUGUUAAAACUGAAGAACCACAUAGUACUGAUUUCUCCUUCGCCAAGACUUGAAAAAUAUAUAUGCACACACAGCUCGUGACUUGGCCAAGAUUUCAUUUCUUCAGCUGUACUUUUGUUUUGUGUAAUUAUAUAAUUGAUAGAUCUGAUGGGGAAGGAGUAAUUCAAAUUUUUGUGGAACAAAGAUAUAAUAAUUUAUCACCCGAAUUCAUUGAUUUGUAAAUUCACUGCUGAUGUAUAGUAAUGAAAAGGCAUGUUGCAAGUGAA